AACAGAAAAAGAAAAGAAGUUUCUUUCUUUCUUUUCUUUUUUCUUUUUUUUUUUAAUUCAUAAUUCAGAAACUUUAGAAGAAUGGCACUAAGCGCCAGUUCUUCAUCUUCGCCGUCGUCUUCUUCCAUAUAUUUCGGACCAAUUUCGUGUCCGUACACAAACCCUAGACGACGAAGCUCUCUGAGCUUCAGCCAUGUCCUUUCCAGCUUAUCUUCGUCUUCUUCUUCGGGCGAAUCUUCUUCGAGGUCUUCGCUUCGCGUCUCGGUGAAUUCGAAUCCGAGAGCUCGUUUCUCCGCUCGGCGAAAGGAGUCCGUACUGGUUCGACAGCUCCAACGCCCUCUAAAUGAGUACAUGAGCUUGCCGGCGAGCCAGUACUCGGUGUUGGAUGCUGAGAGGAUAGAGAGAGUGGAUGAUAACACGUUCAGGUGUUAUGUGUAUAGGAUCAAGUUCUUUAGCUUUGAGGUUUGCCCUGUUUUGCUUGUUAGAGUAGAAGAGGAGCCGAAAGGGUGUUGCAUAAAGCUCUUGUCAUGCAAGCUUGAGGGCUCGCCAAUCGUUGUCGCACAGAAUGACAAGUUUGAUGCUUUUAUGGAGAAUAAAAUAUCAUGCAAUAGCAAUGAAGGAGACUUGUCAGAGCAACAACUGACUUCAGAGGCUAUCAUCGAGGUUAGCAUUGAGGUUCCUUUCUCAUUUCUUCCAAUUCCAGUGCAAGCCAUUGAAUCUACUGGUUCCCAAGUCCUUGAACAAGUUUUAAAGAUCAUGCUUCCUCGCUUUAUGGCACAGCUUGUAAAAGACUAUCAGGCAUGGGCGUCUGGUGAUACCUCAAGGCAGCCUUUGGGAACGGGCGAGAUAUAAGGUUGUGGAAAACUCUUUGAUCUCUUCAAUCAGGUCAUCACAUGUUUAAUGUUGGAACUAUAGGUAGCAUGAUAUGAUUCCUAUCUCUACUUUGCACACCAUUUUUCCUGCUCUUAGGUUCUUUUAUUAAUCAUUAAUUUAUUCGGAGGAAAAAGUUUUUCAGCGAUUGUAUUUUGAAUGUCAUUAAUCAUUAUAAUCAUUGCUGCUGACUCUGUUAUCAUUUUGUCACGUUUUUAU